GAAGGGUAGCAGAUAACCAUCUGUGACCAUGAAGACGUCUCUCAAGAUGCCGGUCCUUCUUUUCUUCCUCUUGUCCACUUUACUCCUGACAGAAGUCCCUGCUGUUGGCGAAUGCGAUUCCGGACCCUGUAUGAACGGAGCUGCCUGUAGCGAUCAGUACGCAGAUGCAUACACGUGCGAGUGUGUUGGAGCUUGGCAAGGAGUAAACUGCGAAGUACCACUAGAUGUCCAGUUGUGCCCCUUUGGCCAUGUCUACGAGUAUGUGGCGACCAUUACCAUAGGUAUCAUACCACACAGAUUUAGCUGUCAAGCCAACUUCAGGUUUCCAGGUGCUACCGAGGUCAACUUUACUUUCGUGUCACAUUAUAUCGAACCAAUCAAGGAUGCAUUCUGGCUGGAAGCGGGAUUCCGUGCUGACAGUACCGAUGACUCAAGAUCGUUCGAUUCCAGCAAAUUGAAUUUGCAGCCUACUUUAACUUUUGAAGAUGCUGGUUCAAACUACUGGAUAGAGAUCUUCACAGAUAAGACAGUCCUGAGUGCUGGUUUCACUCUAGAGAUCAGUGCUGACCGUGAUGACUGCUACCCAAUUCCUUGUAUGAAUGGUGCUACAUGUAUUGACCUUAUCCGAGACUAUAGGUGCAUCUGUGCACCAGGCUACGAUGGUAUAAACUGCCAGGAGAACACCGAUGAAUGUCGAAGUGGUCCCUGCAUGAAUGGUGGGACAUGUGUGGACGGAGAGAACAGGUAUUCUUGCGAUUGCACUGACAGUUAUACUGGUCUUAACUGUGAGACAGGAAUUGUUAUCGUGGACUCAACAACUGUAUCUGUGUCGAAUGGAGUUUAUGAGGGGUCGUUUACUCCUGCGGUGAUCUUCGAUUUGACUUUUGCACCAUCCUCCUUGGCAACGUAUUCUGUGGGUGGGGCUGGUACAUCGCAGCUAUGGACUGUCGAUGCCUUCUUUACGUCUGACCCCGACGCUGGUCCCACAACGUCUAAUCGACGAAUUCUACUGAAUACUGCGCAGGAAAUCACUCUUUGGGAACCUCCGGCGUCAACCACCAUCUCUGGUCUAAAUGCUCUUCAAGUGUCAGUGCCUGGAGGUGUAGUCUGCUCUGAUAUGGAAUUCUUUUGUGCUAUCAUUGGUAGAAAUACCGGUUCAUCACAUUUUUUCCAACUCACAGCUAGUAACCCAGACUCCUUCCAAGGUUGUGUCUCCAUAAGUUGUAGAGGUGUGGAAAUAACAGAUACGACUGUGCAGAUUUCAUCUGGAGACCUUCAAGCAGGGGAAUCUGGACAGACAGUCUCUUUCAAUGUGCAGCUGGACUCCGAGCAUAGUGCUGGAAGCGUCAGCGGUUCCAAUUUAUGGAGCAUCGUCGCCUUCGGUGGAGACAACUCGUUGGGGACUGGCAGCAGAUUUCAAGAGACCGGUGUGCUUACUGACGGCAUACAAGGGACAGUAGGAAUAGACGCCGGUACAACGAGUACCAUUUCCGAUCUCUCUUUUGAAGUGAACCUUGGCAGUGGCUUUGCGACAUGUGAUGACUACCCAUUUAUCUGCAUAGAAGUGUCAAAGGGUAGCCUAGCUAUCCCUAACUCCGGUCUUUCCGGUGGUUCUAAUCUCGUCGCCUGCCAAGCAGUAACAUGCAGAGGUGUCGAGAUAACACAAACACUUGUCAGCGUGUUAUCCGGUGCUCUACUGGAGGGAAAGAGUCAGGAUAUAGCCUUCAAUGUUGAUCUGACAUCAGAAAGCACCGGUGGAACCGCUGAAGGGGCUAACCUAUGGCGGAUAACAACUUUUGUCAGUGUAACCGCAAACGGUUUAGGUACCCGCCUGGAAGAGACCACGACUAUACUAAGUACAGCACAAUCUGGAACUACCCUCAAAGCUGGAGCUUCUGCAAGGCUCGGGGGAGUAACGGCUUCCUGGAACUUGAUGGACGGUCCGACCUGUUCAGAGAUUAUUCACUUUUGCGUAGAAGUUGCCAAGGGCACAAAUACAAACUUUGUGUUGAUAGGAGUACCCUCUGCCAGUGUCUUGAUAGCAUGCACGCCGAUAUCAUGCAGAGGAGUGGAGAUUUCAAGUACAUCAGUAGCUGUAACUCCAGGGGAUGUCUUGGAAGGAAGGCUUCAGCCGCUGAUUUUAGACAUCACUAUUUUGUCUAUUGAGGCAGCUGGUAGCGUGAGCGGCUCUGGUCUCAUUGACGUGCGUUCCUUCCUUAGCAGCAACUCCGACGGCUCCGGGAAUCCUUUUGACACCUUCACAUCUCCUGUACUCUCGAGUGUUCAUGGAUUUACAGGAAUAACUGCUGGCGACCCUGCUGGCAUAUCUAACCUUGCAGUCAACAUCGAUCUCAGAGACGGACCAACGUGUUCUGAUUUCAAUUAUGUCUGUGUAGAAAUUCAAAAAGGGGCCUCGCCUUCAAUCGAUUUUCAACUAUCAGGAAUUCCUUCCCAGGCAGUUCUCAUCGGAUGUCGCCAAAUAACAUGCAGAGGUGUGGAAAUAACCCAGACACAAGUAUCAGUUACAUCUGGCGACAUUAGGGAAGGCGCGAGUCAGUCUGUCAACUUUGAUGUAACACUCAACUCUGACGGAGCGGCUGGUAGCGUGAGUGGUUCUGACCUGUGGCAGAUAACCCCUUUCCUCAGCUCUAGAUCAGACGCGUCUGGGAGUGUCCAGAACUUCCCCAAUGCAGUGCUGAGCACGUUCCAGGGCAAUGCACCUCUCAUUGCUGGCAGUCCUACUAUAAUCAGUGGCGUCAGCGUUCCUGCCGAUCUGACCAGCGGGCCGUCAUGUUCACAGUUUGGAUUCUUCUGUGUCAGUGUAGAUAGAAACUCCUUGGCAGACCCCCAGUUCCUCCUUAGCGGGAUUCCUGGUCCGGAGUCUUUAACCUCUUGUCAAGCAAUAAACUGUAGAGGUGUGGAGGUUACGAGCACAAUUGUAACCAUCGGCGGAGGCGAGAUCAUCGAAGGCAGUAUGUCCACUCUUUCCUUCACUGUUGCUUUAACAACACAAGCGGUUGGGGGAAACGUGGCAGGAACUAAUCUGUGGCAGGUAUCUGCAUUUGGAAGUUCAUCCAACGAUGGCUCAGGCACUCGGUACUUGACGACCCCUGUCGGCCUCCCAACUGCAGCCGCAAACGCCAUGGUUCUUGCCGGUCAGGUCACCUCCUUGGCUGGACUCGGCGCGGACUUCAUGCUUAGUUCAAGCAUCACAUGUGCGCAGUUCCAAUUUCUCUGUGUGCAGGUGGACAGAGGCACAACCUCAAAUCCUUUCUUCUCUCUCACUGGUGUGCCGGAUGGAAAUUCACUAAUUGGGUGCACACCGACACCAUGUGGCGGGGUUGAGAUCACAGAUACGGUACUCGACAUACAGAAUGGCUAUCUGCAAGAAGGAGUUUCAUCCAGCACAAUCCUCUUCGACGUUUCUCUUCUCUCCAACCCUGAUGGUGGAAGUGUCAGUGGGUCUAACUUAUGGGAUAUCACUGCAUGGAUAUCAACAGAUCCUGACGGUGCCUCGACAAGGUACCUUGAGCAGUCCAUUCCUCUAACUCUGGUACAGAGUGGAACUCCCAUCGUGUCAGGAGUGAAUACGGCCAUCAUAAAUGGUGUGUCAGCAGUAUGGGACUUGUCUGCUGGUCCACUGUGCACACAGGCUAGUUACAUGUGUGUUCGUGUCCAGAAAGCAAACCUUGCUAAUCCGGAUUUCCAAGUCACCGGCACACCAAACGAUGAAGUAUUUACAGAUUGCGCACAACUCCAGUGCAGAGAUGUUGAGGUCACGGGUACGGUAGUUGGUCUUGCAUCUGCAUCACUUCUUGAAGGUGCCGCACAGACCCUUUCUUUUGCCUAUACCAUCAACACUGACCAAAAUGGAGGUGGUGUUACAGGAACCAACCUCUGGGAUCUGUCUAUCUUCCUUAGUGAUGACCAAUUGGGUUCCAACCCAAUCAGCGAACAAAGCAUUCUUCUAAGUCCAACUCAAGCAAAUUCCCUGGUAACUCCGGGAGUUCCGACAGUAAUUAGUGGCUUGGAUGCUAUGUUGAAUCUCCAAACUGGACCUACCUGCUCUCAGUUCAGCUACGUAUGUGUGAGACUGAGGAAGAGUACAGUUGCCAAUCCUAACUUCGGUCUAACCGGAUCACCUGACGAUUCUGUAUUCAUUGGAUGUCAAGAAGUCACUUGUACAGGUGUUAUGAUCAGUUCAACAAGUCUCGGUCUUAGAUCGGGUGAUAUACAGGAGGGUACAAGCCAGAAUGUGCAAUUCGACUUUAACCUUGUAUCUGAUGCGGCGGGGGGCAGUGUAAUCGGUAACAAUCUAUGGGGAGUCACCGUCUUUGGGAGUCAAAAUGACAACGGACUAGGACCUCGUGUGGCGCCAGAGGUCGUUUCUCUCACUACGGUGCAAGGAAGAACCGCCAUCUCUGCAGGAAUCCCUGCAGUCAUUUCAGGACUCGCGUUCACUUUGGACCUCACAAAUGGUCCAUUGUGUUCGGAAUUUGGCUACCUCUGUGCCCAGGUUGAGAAGAACCCAUCUUCCAGUCUUGAUUUUGCGUUCUCUGGUACUCCAGACGAUUCUGUUCUGACAAGCUGUUUACCAGUGACGUGUAGGGGGGUCGACAUAACACAAACCACGGUGACUGUUGGAAGCCCAGAAGUUUUGGAAGGAACAGCCAACGAUUUGGACCUGACGAUCUCUUUAGUGUCCAACGUCCUGGCCGGCAGUGUUAACGGUGACGACCUGUGGCGCGUACUCGCCUUCCUGAGUGCUAACGCAGAUGGCACUGGCUCGCGACUUCAAGAGAACGACAUCACACUCACCGCCGCUCAGUCAGGAUUGGAUAUAACCGCAGGAAGUCCUGUUCAACUAUCUUCGCUCGUUUACCAACUUGACCUGGUCGGCGGCACCACUUGCUCCGAAUUCCAGCACGUGUGUGUCCAAGUUUUGCAGGGUCCGACACCUAACCCAGCAUUCCAACUUGACAGUUUACCAGCGGACCUUAUAGAUUGUAUGCCGGUGACAUGCAGAGGUGUUGAAAUCACCAACGCGGAAGUGAACCUUAUUUCUGGGGAGGUCCGUGAAGGUGUGGCUGGACAGACUUUGACUCUGGACUUCACCUUGGAAUCGGACCAACUCGCAGGAAGCGUAAGCGGCACCAACUUGUGGAACUUUGUCGUGUUCGGCAGUAUGAAUGCAGAUGGGAGCGGAGACAGGGUGACGCAGUCCGUCUCGCCCACGACCGCUCAUUACGACACAUCGCUCGUGGCGGGUGUAGAUACUGUCUUUAAUUCCAUGGCCAUCGCGUGGGAUAUGGAUGCGGGUGCUACCUGUGAGGAUGUGCAGUUUAUAUGCUUCGAGGCGUCGAAGAAUCCGGCAUCAAAUCCUGACUUUACCCUCACUGUAUCCAGUGACAGUGUGCUACGUGCUUGCCAGGCAUUGAAUUGCAGAGGAGUGGAAUUUACAGAUACGAGUUUGCAAGUUAUAUCUGGAAAUAAGCUGGUCGAGGGGGAUUCUGCGCAUCAAAUCACCUUUGAUAUUCUGGUGGAUUCCGACGCGGCAGGUGGCAGUGUGUCCGGUACAAAUCUGUGGCAGGUGAGAGCAUAUGCAACGGGAAGCGGCACAACAGGUGGAAGCGUCAUCAACCCGGUCAGUGUCACCUUAACCCCUAGUCAGAGCGGCACUGGAAUCAACGCUGGAACGAGGGCCAACAUCAUGUCGGUGACCGCCAAUCUCAACUUGGAAAACACGUUAUGUACAGGACUUGCAGGAAUCUGUGUAAUCUUACAGCAAAACCCGUCUUCAAACCCUACCUUCACAUUUGAUCCUCAACCAAACAGCAAAAUUCUGACGUCUUGCGUACCAGCUACAUGCACUGGUGUCCAAGUUACUGAUGUCAAUUUCAUCCUAAUAUCCGGUGCACCGCUCCAAGCAGGUUCUGAUAGCAACGAUAUAGCCCUGGAUCUGAAUAUCAUCACUGAUGGUGGUGGAGCAGGCGUCUCAGGAUCAAAUCUCUGGCAGGUUGAGCUCUUCCUGAACUCCCAGAUAGAUGGCCAAGGAGUAACUUCACUCUCUAAGCUGACGUCCAUUCCGGCUUUGGAAAACAGUCAAUCUUUGACUGCUGGUAUUUCUUAUACACUAAAAGACGUUGGUACAACCCUUAAUCUGCGCAAUAUGGAUUGCGCCAAUUUACCAUUCGUUUGCGUGAGGCUUAGUAAGCAUCCAGGCUCCAAUCCAGCCUUCACCCUCUCAGAGGUAUCCCCUGCUAGUCUUGUAUCCUGUCAGCGCUUACGGUGUACAGACACCAAUGAAUGUGAUCCAAACCUCUGUAUGAAUGGUGGAAUAUGUACAGACGGUGUCAAUUCGUUUUCUUGUGCCUGUCUGGCAGGCUUCACGGGACGAACAUGUGAUGGAGAUAUAAAUGAAUGUUUAAGCGGGCCGUGCCAGAACGGUGGAACCUGUGCCGAGGGAGUGGAUUGGUUCGUGUGUUUCUGUGCUCCUGGAUACACUGGUACAUUCUGUACCGAGGAUAUCAACGAGUGUGGCUCUAAUCCAUGCCAGAAUGGUGGCAUAUGCGAUAAUCUCAUCGCCCGGUACACAUGUGACUGCCAACCCGGUUACACAGGGGUUACUUGCCAACUUGAUAUCAACGAAUGUGCGAGCACACCAUGUCAAAAUGGUGGCACCUGUAAUGAUAAGAUCAAUGGAUAUCUGUGUGAUUGCGUCGCGGGAUAUGCUGGAAACAACUGCCAAGACGAAAUCAACGAGUGCCUGAGUUUCCCAUGCCAAAAUGGAGCCCCAUGCGUAGAUCUCAUAAACGACUACAGUUGUAUGUGCGAUGCUGGUUGGACUGGCCGCGUCUGCGAUCAAGACAUGAACGAGUGCCUCAGCAACCCUUGCGUCUUCGGUGUAUGUGGACAUGGAACUGCCUUCUACUUCUGCACCUGUAAUGCUGGUUACACCGGCACCAAUUGCGACAUAGAUAUCGACGAAUGUGCAAGUGAUCCUUGCUUCAAUGGAGGGACUUGCCAGGAUGAAGUAAACGGCUAUACAUGCAAUUGUGCGCCGGGUUGGACCGACGUCAAUUGCCAAUCAGAUAUUAACGAGUGUCUACUGACUCCCAGCCCUUGUAAUAACAACGGAAUGUGCAUCAAUCUACAAAACAGAUUCAAGUGUGACUGUUCACCUGGCUGGACUGGACUACGUUGUCAAACAGACAUCAACGAAUGCGCAUCCUCCCCAUGUGUAAACGGUGGGACCUGUAACGAUGAAAUCAAUCAGUAUACCUGUGUGUGCCCUGUCGGCUUCGAAGGCCUUACCUGUAACAUUGCAAUCAAUGACUGCACAAGUCAGCCUUGUCAGAACGGUGGUACAUGUGAAGACGGAAACAACGCUUUCACCUGUCAAUGUCAAGCCGGUUGGGAAGGUGUAACAUGUUCCGAGGAUGUAAAUGAGUGUGCCAGCACUCCGUGUAUAAAUGGUGGAACGUGCACCCAUGGAACUAACAUCUACAUCUGCCAAUGCCCACCUGCUUGGAGCGGCACCAAUUGUGAAUUAGAUCGUCGCGAAUGCCUGAGCAACCCAUGUCUUAACGCAGGAACAUGCAUCGAACAGGUGAAUGGAUACGAGUGCAGAUGUAUGCCAGGAUAUACAGGAACACGAUGUGAAACAAAUAUUAAUGAAUGCAGUAGCGGUCCUUGUCUUAACGGAGGAAACUGCAUUGAUGGAAUCAACGAGUACACGUGUGAUUGCGUAGAAGGUUAUAAUGGGCUUAUCUGUCAAUUCGAUAUAAACGAAUGUGGUUCCAACCCCUGCCAGAAUGGAGGCACCUGCGAUGACAGAAUAGCGUCAUAUGUGUGUACCUGCGCAGCUGGAUAUAUUGGGGUCAACUGCCAAACCGAUUUCAACGAAUGUAGCAGCACCCCCUGCCAAAACGGCGGCAUUUGCACACACUCCAUUAAUGCAUACAUGUGUAGUUGUCCAGAUGGAUACACUGCCAUCAAUUGCGAAAUCGAUUCAUAG